CCGCUCAAUCUCCUCUUUCCUCACACACAAGAAAAAAAGAGCAAUGGCAGCAAUCUCUUCCUCUCUCUUCCUCGCUCUCUCUCUCGUCACCUUAUCUCUCUCCAUCUCUCUCUCCUCCUCUCUCUCGCCCUUUCGCUCCAUCGAUGGCCUAAAAGUCGGUGGAAAGACUGAAAUCAGGAAUGUCGAAUCAAACCCAGAUAUCCAAUCCCUUGGAAAGUUCUCCGUCGACGAAUACAACAAGAACCAUGGCACCCAUCUCUCUUUCUUCCGUGUCUUCAAAGCCGAGAAGCAGGUUGUAUCCGGAAUGAAAUACUUUCUCAAGAUCUCGACCGUUGAUGCGGCAGAGAACGGUCUUUCCAAGGAAUUCGACGCGGUUGUGGUCGUGAAGCCGUGGGCCCGUUCCAAGGAACUUCUUUCCUUCGCCCCUGUCAAACCCUACUAGGGUUUUGUUGGAAUUUGUGUUUUUCUGUUUUGGGUUUUAGAGUGUUUGGGAUGGUCUGUUUUUGCAAUAAUCACAAGAGCGCGUUCAAGUC